CCAUUCAAAUUCAUCAUACCAUUUGGACAGCGGUCCAGCAGACACAGGAUAAGAGGGCUCCCGUCACCAUGACAACGGGCGCUAAUGGAGAUGGUGGACUGGGCGGAUGGGUGGUGAUGAUGCUCCUCCUCCGAGCUACUUAACACCAUGGCUUUGAUCUGGCCCGGCACUCACUCCUUCUGUCCUGUCUGCUCACUGCACAGCUGAGACUGAGACUGGGCUGUGUUAUCUGAUCUGGGUCCAGACUGGGAGAAAGAGGAUAAGAGAGAGAAGAGGAGGAGAAGAUGUCUACAGGCUGUGGCUGUGUGAGGUCGCCCCCGGAGACAGCGGAACACAGACUGACGGGUGGACAGGAGCACCACUAUCCGAUGGUGGAGCCUGUGAGGACCCUGCUAGAGGAGGGGGCAGGGAUGACCAGAGCUGUGCAGGGGAAACACUGUCCUGAGGCAGUGCACCCCGAGGAGCAGCCAGAUGAGCAGGAACUGAAGAAACCACGCAGGAAAGACACUCCCGUCCUCAACACUCCUCCACUCAUACCAGGUGUGAGGAUGGUGAAAGGAGAGAAGAGAAUGAUUCACAUGGAGGAUGAAGAGAAGGAUGGAAAGAACUAGAAGUCAUUGGAGGAGAGAUUCUUGCCUACAAUUUUUUUGUUGUUGACAUCGUUGUUUCCUGUUGUCACAUUACUAAUAUGUAGCCUAUACUUGUUUAUUAAAAGUAGCUCUACAAUG